AUGAGUUUGCUGUCCACCCUGCUUCAGGUCCCUGGUGGUGCACCUGCCGUCUCGCCCAUUCUGCUUUUGACAGGAGUUCUUUUGGUCGCUGGAAUAUGGAGGUUACUCCAAAUUGGUAAACGCGACCCCCGGAUGCCCAAAGGGCCGCCGACUGUACCCAUCCUGGGAAAUUUUCAUCAGAUCCCCUCCACGGGUCUCUUCGCAAGAUUCGGAGAAUGGGCCAAAGAGUAUGGCCCCGUCUUCUCUCUCAAAUUUGGCCCGACGAAUAUCAUCGUCCUUUGUGACCGCAAGGCCGUGCAUGAGCUCCUCGACAAGCGUGGAGCAAUAUACUCCGAUCGCCCGCCCAGCUAUGUGGGCAGGCUCUUGACGCAGGGGGACCAUAUCGCGCUAGAGCAGAUGGACCCCGUCUGGAGGGAGAAGCGAAAAGUGAUUUCACAUAACUUCUCCCCAAAGAAUUUAGACGAAAAGCAUUUCCUGGUUCAGGAGGCAGAAGGCCUGAUCUUGUUGAAUGAUCUGCUGAGGGAUACAGAAGGAUUCUACAACCAUGUCCGUCGGUACACCGCAUCUGUGGCAUCCGCGUUGGCCUUCGGCCAUCGUGGUCCCACCUUUGAGUCGUUCUGGGGUCACGCCGUAUAUGAUGUCAUGGAUCGAUGGACAGAAGCCAUGGAAGCGGGCGCCAAUCCGCCUGUUGAUGAAUACCCUAUUCUCAGACUGAUUCCAAAACGCUUCGCCUAUUGGAAACGGCGGGCAGUUGCAGCUGGCACGGUGUUUGAUACGACCUGGGGCAAGGCGCGACAAAUCGUGGAUGAACGCAGAGCUCGAGGCGAUAAGCGUGACUGUAUCAUUGACCGACUCCUCGACGAGUAUAACCAGAAAGGGUGGCCUAUGAGCCAGCAUGCGUUCAACAACCUGGUUGGGGAGGUAGUCGAAGGGGCAGCAGACACCACCGCUGCACAGAUCCUGACACUCAUCCUUGCUUUUGCAAUGCAUCCUCAUGUGCAGGAGGCAGCCAGGAGAGAGAUUGACGCCAUCUGCCCGCCGGAUAAGCCGCCUAAAUGGUCCGAUUUUCAGCAGCUACCUUACAUCAACAUGAUCGUCAAAGAAGGCAUGAGAUGGAGACCAGUUGCAGUGACUGCUCUACCGCAUCGUGUACGGCAAGAUGACUGGUAUGAGGGAAUGUUGAUACCCAAAGACUCGACCGUUUUUAUCGCCACUUGGGCGAUCCAUCAUAACGAGCAAAUCUACAAGGAUCACGACGUUUUUGAUCCUGAUAGAUACAAGGACCAUCCAAAAUUGGCGAAUGAUUAUGCUGGUAGCCCAGAUUGGAGCAACCGAGAUAAGUAUAACCCUUCCCCCUUGUGUCUGAAAACAAGCUCACCAGUUUCUUUACAUCACUACGGGUACGGUGCAGGCCGGAGAUUGUGCCCUGGUGUUCACUUUGCCGAAAGGAACAUGUGGCGCAUCGCGGCCAAGCUGCUCUGGGCGUACGAGUUUGCAGAACCCAUCGAUCCACGGACAGGAAAGACGAUACCCCUGGAUCCGAAUAGCUAUAAUGAUGGAAUUCUCCAUGCUCCUCUCCCUUAUAAAGUGCGUAUAACACCUAGGAGUAAGCAACACGAGGAGACCAUCAAGAAGGGGCUUCAGGAGGCACUGGAUUUUCUAUCAAAAUGGAACUAG